CGAGAGAGCGAGUGGGAGGAACCGGAGUGUAGGACAGGGUGAGGUUCUGUUAUCUCUCUCCACCACACUCUCACCUAUCGGAGCAGAACAUCUGCAGAACCCUGCUCGAGAAUGGAUACCACCGGUGCGAAAGUCCUAGAGACGGCCGACGACAUCCAGGAGCGCCGUCAGCAGGUCCUGGACCGUUACCACCGCUUCAAGGAGCUGUCGGGCGUGCGGCGGCAGAAGCUGGAGGAUUCCUACCGCUUCCAGUUCUUCAGACGGGACGCAGACGAGCUGGAGAAAUGGAUCCAGGAGAAGCUGCAGAUCGCCUCCGACGAGAACUGGAAGGACACCAGCAACCUGCAGGGGAAGCUGCAGAAACACCAGGCGUUCGAGGCGGAGGUGCAGGCCAACUCGGGCGCCAUCAUCAAACUGGACGAGACCGGGAACCUGAUGAUCACCGAGAGCCACUUCGCCUCCGAAACCAUCCGGACCCGUCUGGAGGAGCUGCACCGGCUGUGGGACCUGCUCCUGCUGAAGACCAAGGAGAAAGGACUGCGCCUGCUGCAGACCCAGAAGAUGGUGCAGUACCUGCGUGAGUGUGAGGACACGCUCGACUGGAUCAGCGACAAGGAAGCCAUCGUCACCUCAGAGGAGCUGGGCCAGGACCUGGAGCACGUCCAGGUCCUGCAGAAAAAGUUCGAGGAGUUCCAGACGGACCUGGCGGCCCACGAGGAGCGCGUGAACGAGGUGAACCAGACGGCCACCAAGCUGACCCAGGAGAACCACCCCGAGAGCGAGCAGAUCCUGAAGAAGCAGGAGGAGGUGAACACGGCCUGGCAGAGGCUGAAGGAUCUGGCCCUGCAGAGGCAGGGGAAGCUGUUCGGGGCUGCUGAGGUGCAGCGCUUCAACAGGGACGUGGACGAAACCAUCAGCUGGAUCAAGGAGAAGGAGCAGCUCAUGGCCUCGGACGAUUUCGGACGCGACCUGGCCAGCGUCCAGGCUCUCCUGCGCAAACACGAGGGGCUGGAGCGAGACCUGGCCGCCCUGGAGGACAAGGUGAACACUCUGGGGGGCGAGGCGGAGCGGCUGCAGCAGACUCACCCCCAGAACGCCUCUCAGAUCCAGCUGAAGAGAGACGAGCUCAUCACCAACUGGGAGCAGAUUCGCACGCUGGCCGCCGAGCGCCACGCCCACCUCAACGACUCGUACAGGUUGCAGCGCUUCACCGCAGAUUUCCGCGACCUCACCAGCUGGGUGACGGAGAUGAAGGCUCUGAUCAACGCCGACGAGCUGGCCAACGACGUGGCCGGAGCCGAAGCUCUCCUCGACCGGCACCAGGAGCACAAGGGUGAGAUCGAUGCCCAUGAGGACAGCUUUAAAUCCACUGCUGAGGCGGGUCAGGCCCUCCUGAACACCGGUCACUACGCCUCCGAGGAGGUCAAGGAGAAGCUGGGUAUCCUGGCGGAGGAGAAGGAGUCUCUGCUGGAGCUGUGGGAGCUGCGCAGGCAGCAGUACGAGCAGUGCAUGGACCUGCAGCUCUUCUACAGGGACACCGAGCAGGUGGACAACUGGAUGAGCAAGCAGGAGGCCUUCCUGCUGAACGAGGACCUGGGCGACUCUCUGGACAGUGUGGAGGCUCUGUUGAAGAAACACGAGGACUUCGAGAAGUCCCUCAGCGCCCAGGAGGAGAAGAUCACCGCCCUGGAUGAAUUCGCCACCAAGCUGAUCCAGAACAACCACUACGCCAAGGAGGACGUCGCCAGCCGUAGAGACGCUUUGCUGAGCAGGCGUAACGCUCUGCACGAGCGCGCUCAGUUGCGCCGCGCCGCCCUGGAGGACUCCUUCCACCUGCAGCAGUUCUUCCGCGACUCCGACGAGCUCAAGAGCUGGAUCAACGAGAAGAUGAAGACGGCCACCGACGAGGCCUACAAGGACCCCUCCAACCUGCAGGGGAAAGUCCAGAAGCACCAGGCGUUCGAGGCCGAGCUGUCCGCCAACCAGAGCCGCAUCGACGCCCUGCAGAAAUCCGGGCAGGAGCUGGUCGACGGGAAGCACUACGCCUCCGGGGAGGUGGCCACGCGCAUGGACGAGGUCAGCUCCCAGUGGAAGAAGCUUCUGGAAGCCACCGAGCUGAAAGGUAUUAAGCUGCGUGAAGCCAACCAGCAGCAGCAGUUUAACCGUAACGUGGAGGACAUCGAGCUCUGGCUCUAUGAGGUGGAGGGUCACCUGGCUUCUGACGACUACGGCAAAGACCUGACCAGCGUUCAGAACCUGCAGAAGAAGCACGCUCUGCUGGAGGCCGACGUGGCUGCGCACCAGGACCGCAUCGACGGCAUCUCCAUCCAGGCCCGGCAGUUCCAGGAGGCCGGGCACUUCGACGCCGAUAACAUCCGUAAGAAGCAGGAGGCGCUGGUGGCGCGUUACGAGUCCCUGAAGGAACCCAUGGCCGCGCGCAAGCAGAAGCUGUCCGACUCCCUGCGGCUGCAGCAGCUGUUCCGCGACGUGGAGGACGAGGAGACCUGGAUCAGAGAGAAGGAGCCCAUCGCUUCCUCCACCAACCGGGGUAAAGAUCUGAUCGGCGUGCAGAACCUGCUGAAGAAGCACCAGGCCCUGCAGGCGGAGAUCGGCGGCCACGAGCCUCGCAUCAAGGCCGUCACGCAGAAGGGCGAGGCCAUGGUGGAAGAAGGUCACUUUGCCGGUGAGGAUGUGAAGGCUAAGCUGGCGGAGCUGAACAGCCGCUGGGAGACUCUGAAGGGUAAAGCCACCCAGCGCAGGCAGGACCUGGAGGACUCGCUGCAGGCUCAGCAAUACUUCGCCGACGCCAACGAGGCCGAAUCCUGGAUGAGGGAGAAGGAACCCAUCGUCAGCAGCCCCGACUACGGCAAGGACGAGGACUCGGCUGAGGCUCUGCUGAAGAAGCACGAGGCUCUGAUGUCCGACCUGAGCGCCUACGGCAGCAGCAUCCAGGCCCUGAAGGAGCAGGCUCAGGCCUGCAGGCAACAAGUGACCCCGACCGACGACGAGACCGGGAAAGAGCUGGUCCUGGCUCUGUACGACUACCAGGAGAAGAGUCCACGCGAGGUCACCAUGAAGAAAGGAGACAUCCUCACCCUGCUCAACAGCACCAACAAGGACUGGUGGAAGGUGGAGGUGAACGACAGGCAGGGCUUCGUCCCCGCCGCCUACGUGAAGAAACUGGACCCGACCCAGUCCUCGUCCCGGGAGAACCUGCUGGACGAGCAGGGCAGCAUCGGUCUGCGCCAGGAGCAGAUCGAUAAUCAGGCUGCGGGCGCCAAGGAAGCGUGCAGCGUGUCUGUGCGCAUGAAGCAGGUGGAGGAACUGUUCGGAACCCUGCUGGAGCUGGGAGAGAAGAGGAAGGACAUGCUGGAGAAGAGCUGCAAGAAGUUCAUGCUGUUCCGCGAGGCCAACGAGCUGCAGCAGUGGAUCAACGAGAAGGAGGGCGCUCUGACCAACGAGGAGAUGGGAUCAGACCUGGAGCAGGUGGAGGUCCUGCAGAAGAAGUUCGAUGAUUUCCAGAAGGACCUGAAGGCUAACGAGUCUCGUCUGAGGGACAUCAACAAAGUGGCGUCGGAGCUGGAGUCUGAAGGACUGAUGGCCGAGGAGGCUCCCAUGGUGCAGGCCCAGCACCAAGAGGCUCUGGGUUCUGCUCCGGGCAAGGAUGAAAACGACUCCAAGUCGGCGUCACCGUGGAAGUCUGUUCGCUUGGCUGUCCAAACGACGGCUAACUUUAACACUAUCAAGGAGCUGAACAACCGCUGGAGAUCCCUGCAGCAGCUGGCUGAGGACAGGAGCAACAUGCUGGGGAGCGCCCACGAGGUGCAGAGGUUCCACCGGGACGCUGACGAGACUAAAGAGUGGAUCGAGGAGAAGAACCAGGCUCUGAACACCGAUAACUACGGACACGACCUGGCCAGCGUUCAGGCCCUGCAGCGCAAACACGAGGGCUUCGAGAGAGACCUGGCAGCUCUGGGGGAUAAGGUGAACUCCCUGGGCGAGACGGCGGAGCGUCUGAUCCAGUCCCAUCCCGAGGCCGUGGACGACAUCCAGGAGAAAUGCACGGAGCUGAACACGGCCUGGAGCAGCCUGGUGGGGCGCGCCGACCAGCGCAAGGACAAACUGGGGAACUCUCACGACCUGCAGCGCUUCCUCAGUGACUUCAGGGAUCUGAUGUCCUGGAUUAAUGGGAUCCGCGGGCUGGUGUCGUCCGACGAGAUGGCCAAGGACGUGACCGGAGCCGAAGCUCUUCUGGAGAGGCACCAGGAGCACCGGACUGAGAUCGAUGCCCGCGCUGGCACCUUCCAGGCCUUCGAGCAGUUCGGACAGCAGCUGCUGGCACGCGGGCACUACGCCAGCCCCGAGAUCCAGCAGAAGCUGGAGGCUCUGGACCGCGAGCGCGCCGACCUGGAGAAGGCCUGGGUGCAGCGCCGGAUGAUGCUGGAUCAGUGCCUGGAACUGCAGCUGUUUAACCGGGACUGCGAGCAGGCUGAGAACUGGAUGGCGGCGCGAGAGGCGUUCCUCGCCACCGACGAUAAGGGCGACUCUCUGGACAGCGUGGAGGCUCUGAUCAAGAAGCACGAAGACUUCGAUAAAGCCAUCAACGUUCAGGAGGAGAAGAUCGCCGCCCUGCAGUCCUUCGCCGAUCAGCUCGUUUCUGCCGACCAUUACGCCAAACCCGACAUCUUCAACCGCCGCAACGAGGUCCUGGACAGGUGGCGCCGCCUGAAGGCCCAGAUGAUCGAGAAGCGCUCCAAGCUGGGCGAGUCUCAGACCCUCCAGCAGUUCAGCCGAGACGUGGACGAGAUCGAGGCCUGGAUCAGCGAGAAGCUGCAGACGGCCACUGACGAGUCCUACAAGGACCCCACCAACAUCCAGCUGUCCAAGCUGCUGAGUAAGCACCAGAAGCACCAGGCGUUUGAAGCCGAGCUCCAUGCUAACGCCGACCGCAUCCGCGGCGUGAUCGAUACAGGAAACGCUCUGAUCCAGAGAGGCGCCUGUGCAGGAAGUGAGGAUGCGGUGAAGUUGCGGUUGGUAGCUCUGGAUGAACAGUGGCAGUUCCUGGUGAAUAAAUCAGCUGAGAAGAGCCAGAAGCUGAAGGAAGCGAACAAGCAGCAGAACUUCAACACCGGCAUCAAGGACUUCGACUUCUGGCUCUCUGAGGUUGAAGCUCUUCUUGCGUCGGAGGAUUACGGCAAAGAUCUGGCGUCCGUCAACAACCUGCUGAAGAAGCACCAGCUCCUGGAGGCCGAUAUCUCUGCCCACGAGGACCGUCUGAAGGACCUGAACGGCCAGGCCGACAGCCUGAUGACCAGCAACGCCUUCGACACCUCGCAGGUCAAGGACAAGCGCGACGCCGUCAACGGGCGCUUCACCAAGAUCAAGAGCAUGGCGGCGGGCCGGCGCGCCAAGCUGAACGAGUCGCACCGCCUGCACCAGUUCUUCAGGGAUCUGGAUGAUGAAGAGUCGUGGAUCAAAGAGAAGAAGUUGUUGGUGAGUUCGGAGGAUUAUGGACGUGAUUUGACAGGAGUACAGAAUCUGAGGAAGAAGCACAAGAGACUGGAGGCCGAGCUCGGCGCCCAUGAGCCCGCCAUUCAGUCUGUGCUCGACACGGGGAAGAAGCUGUCCGACGAUAACACCAUCGGGCAGGAGGAGAUCCAGCAGAGGCUGGCACAGUUUGUCGAGCACUGGAAGGAGCUGAAGGAUUUGGCCGCUGCCAGGGGGCAGAGGCUGGAAGAGUCGCUGGAGUACCAGCAGUUUGUGGCGAACGUGGAGGAAGAGGAAGCGUGGAUCAACGAGAAGCUGAACCUGGUUGGAAGUGAAGAUUACGGUGACACGCUGGCGGCCGUGCAGGGCCUGCUGAAGAAGCACGAGGCGUUCGAGACGGACUUCACCGUGCACCGGGACCGAGUGAACGACGUGUGCGCCAACGGAGACGAGCUCGUCGGGAAGGAGAACCACCACGUGGAGAACAUCACGGCUAAGAUGAAGGCUCUGCGCGGGAAGGUGGCGGAGCUGGAGCGAGCCGCCGCUCAGAGGAAAGCCAAGCUGGACGAGAACUCGGCGUUCCUGCAGUUCAACUGGAAGGCCGACGUGGUGGAGUCCUGGAUCGGUGAGAAGGAGAACAGCCUGAAGACGGACGAUUAUGGACGUGAUCUGUCCUCGGUGCAGACGCUGCUCACCAAACAGGAAACGUUUGACGCCGGACUCCAGGCCUUCCAGCAGGAGGGCAUCUCCAACAUCACGGCGCUGAAGGACCAGCUCCUGGCAGCCAAGCACGUCCAGUCCAAAGCCAUCGAGGCGCGUCACGCCACCCUGAUGAAACGCUGGAACCAGCUGCUCUCCAACUCGGCCGCCCGCAAGAAGAAGCUGCUGGAGGCCCAGGAGCACUUCAGAAAGGUGGAGGAUCUGUUCCUGACCUUCGCCAAGAAGGCGUCGGCCUUCAACAGCUGGUUCGAGAACGCCGAGGAGGAUCUGACGGACCCGGUGCGGUGCAACUCUCUGGAGGAGAUCCGGGCUCUGCGCGAGGCCCACGACGCCUUCCGCUCCUCGCUCAGCUCCGCCGAGGCCGACUUCAGCCAGCUGGCCGAGCUGGACCGCCAGAUCAAGAGCUACCAGGUGGUGUCCAACCCGUACACCUGGUUCACCAUGGAGGCUCUGGAGGAGACCUGGAGGAACCUGCAGAAGAUCAUCAAGGAGCGCGAGCUGGAGCUGCAGAAGGAGCAGAGGAGGCAGGAGGAGAACGACAAGCUACGUCAGGAGUUCGCUCAGCACGCCAACGCCUUCCACCAGUGGCUGCAGGAGACCAGGACAUACCUGCUGGAUGGCAUAGCGUAUCGCCGGGUAAUCCGGGUGUAUCAGUACGAGGUCGAUGACGAUCUUUCCGGAAGGUCCUGCAUGGUGGAGGAGUCUGGGACUCUGGAGUCUCAGCUGGAGGCCACGAAGAGGAAGCACCAGGAGAUCCGAGCCAUGCGCAGCCAGCUGAAGAAGAUCGAGGAUCUGGGAGCAGCGAUGGAGGAGGCGCUGAUCCUGGAUAAUAAAUACACUGAACACAGCACGGUGGGACUGGCACAGCAGUGGGAUCAGCUCGACCAGCUGGGCAUGAGGAUGCAGCACAACCUGGAACAGCAGAUACAAGCCAGAAACACCACAGGAGUGACGGAGGAGGCUCUGAAGGAGUUCAGCAUGAUGUUCAAGCACUUCGACAAGGAGAAAUCGGGUCGUCUGAACCACCAGGAGUUCAAGUCGUGUCUGCGCUCUCUGGGUUACGACCUGCCCAUGGUGGAGGAGGGAGAACCAGACCCAGAGUUCGAGUCCAUCCUCGACACCGUCGACCCCAACAGGGAUGGAAACGUGUCGCUGCAGGAGUACAUGGCGUUCAUGAUCAGCCGGGAGACGGAGAACGUGAAGUCCAGCGAGGAGAUCGAGAGUGCGUUCCGCGCCCUCAGCGCCGAGAACAAACCGUACGUCACCAAGGAGGAGCUCUACCAGAACCUGACGAAGGAGCAGGCCGAUUACUGCAUCUCUCACAUGAAGCCGUACCUGGACAGCAAGGGCCGCGAGCUCCCGUCGGCAUUCGACUUCGUGGAAUUCACCCGCUCGCUCUUCGUCAACUGAUCCCCGCCCUGCCAGGGACCGAUCGGGACGCGUUCGUUAACCCUCCCUCGCGCUACGACACACGGCUGAACGGCAUGACUCUGACGUUAGAUCUCUCUAUAGCACUAUAGUUCUCUCUGUAACCGCUUGGAUCUGAUAAUCUGAUGCGUCUGUGCUUCACUCACUCUGCUGUCGUUACUCUGUGCUCUACGUGAAUGUGAAUGUUUCACUGCUUUGCUUGAUUUAGAGAAACGUAAACAGACCGCAGGCUGUUACCAGUGCUCGUGAUUCUGCAGUGUGUAACCUUUCAUUUAUUCAUUCAUUAAUAAACGCUACUGAUUAGAACUGGAAA